AAAGUAUCUGGCAUCUCUGUUCGCGACGCAAAGUUUUGAGCAAACGAAAGGAACAGGAAUAAAGAGCAGAAAUUUUAUAAUCGAAUUGAGUGUUGUGUACAGAAAAAAAUUGUUCGAUUUGUUAAUUCACCGUUGUGUUUUACGAUAAUAUACUGUACUGGGACCAGGAUGCCUAAGAACAAGAAGCAGUUGGCUUCAUCUGAUUCGGACUCUGGACCAGAUGAUCGCACUCCGGCCAAGAAAAGCAAAAGCGAAGGGGGUUCCGGUAGUACUACCAAUGCCAAGGGCGAAGAUGAGUGGCUGCUGGACAAAACCCGCAAGAUAACGGUCAGCGAGUUCAAAAGCAAGCUGUACGUUAAUGUACGUGAGUACUACGAAAAGGACGGCAAGCUAUUGCCUAGUAAGAAGGGUAUAAGCUUAACAGUGCCCCAGUGGAAAAAACUUUUGGAAUGUGCAGACGAGGUUAACGCAAAGAUAAAAACAUUCUAAUUUUUUGUAUUAUCCUUAAGUUUUGUUUGAAGUUUUGUUUAAUCUUACAAGGCUGUAAAUUUUUCUAGUUUCUAUAAGCAGACGUAGAAACUUUAAAAGUUUUUUCCAUGGCCUGUUUUUCAAUAUAUGUACUAGCGGGCUAUCGUUUACAAUCGACACUUUCGAUGGUCGUGCGCCGGUGUAGCGGAAUGGACUAGUUUUGCAUUUUCGACCAGAAGUGUCGAUAGAACAAUCCAGUUUUCGGCACUUUUGUUCGAAAAUGCAAAACUAGUGCACGGAACUACCCCGGUGUGCAUCAAUCGAAAACUCCAAAUGAAUUGAAUUACAAAUAAUUCUUAGUUUCUAAUCUGUUGAUGGUUUGUAAUAAAAUGUGUAACGUGAUUUGAAUUUGAA